GCGACCAGCGACUCCGUCCGCGCACGGCACGUUUUCUCGCCCGCCACGGCGCCACCGCGCAAACCCACCUCGGCGAGUCAAGGGGGAAGGGGAAAAAAAAUCAACGCGAAUCGGCGGGACGAAGGCGCCGCGUGCGCCGCCGCCGGCGAUGGCGUUGGCGGCAUCCCCGCCGCUGAGGCGACUCCCUUGCCUCCUCCUCAUCGUCCUCCUCGCGAUGUCCGCCGCGGUGCCGCGGGGCGGGGCGGCGGUGCUGGGUCUGAAGGCGCCGUUCAGCCCCCGGGACGUGCUGCCCAUCCUGCCGCGGCAGGUGGCGUGGCCCGUGAUGAAUACGCUCCACAGCGCCGUCGACCUGCUGCCCUCCUUCGUCGCCGCCGUGGCGCCCGGGGCGCCGUCGCCCGCCGCGUGGAGCGGCGCCUGCUUCGCCGAGAACGAGGCCGCGAUCGAGCUCACCCCCGGCGACCGCAACGGUACCGAGGUCGGCGGCGCCGUCCUUCGCCUCAAGACUGCUUCAGCUCAAAGCUGGACAUGCAUGGAUCUUUAUGUGUUUGCAACACCAUAUAGGAUAACAUGGGACUAUUAUUUUGCUGCUCGGGAACACACUUUGGAGAUUAAAUCAUGGGAAGAAGAAGCAGAAUUGGAAUAUGUGAAGCAGCAUGGCAUUUCUGUUUUUCUUAUGCCAUCUGGGAUGCUCGGAACUUUGUUAUCUUUGAUUGAUGUCCUGCCUUUGUUUUCAAACACCGCCUGGGGUCAACAUUCCAACUUAGCCUUUUUGGAGAAGCAUAUGGGAGCUUCGUUUGAGAAACGUUCCCAGCCUUGGGUUGCUAAUAUUAGAAAAGAGGAUAUACAGUCUGGUGACUUCUUGGCUCUAUCAAAGAUUCGAGGUCGAUGGGGUGGGUUUGAGACAUUAGAGAAAUGGGUGACUGGUGCAUUUGCUGGGCAUACUUCAGUUUGCUUAAAAGAUGAGAAGGGUGAUCUCUGGGUUGCAGAGUCAGGCUAUGAAAAUGAAAAGGGAGAGGAAGUUAUUGCUAUAGUUCCUUGGGAUGAAUGGUGGGCCAUGGCACUCAAGGACGAAUCAAAUCCUCAGAUAGCCCUUCUGCCAUUACACCCUGAUGUCCGUGCCAGAUUUAACCAAAGUGCUGCAUGGGACUAUGCCCGGAGCAUGGCUGGAAAGCCUUAUGGCUAUCAUAACAUGAUAUUUAGCUGGAUUGAUACAAUAGGAGAUAAUUAUCCACCUCCUCUUGAUACUAACCUGGUAAUGGCUGUUAUGUCAAUGUGGACUAGGUUACAGCCACUUUAUGCUGCGAACAUGUGGAAUGAAGCCCUUAACAAACGAGUUGGCACUGAGGGUUUGGACCUUCAGGGGAUCAUUAUGGAGACCGAAAGACGCGGAAUGUCUUUUGAUCAGUUGCUCACAAUACCUGAGCAAGACGAAUGGGUAUACAGUGAUGGUAAAUCAACCACCUGUGUUGCCUUCAUUCUUGCAAUGUACAAGGAGGCUGGAAUGUUUGCUCCUUUUUCAGAGUCAAUUCAGGUUACAGAGUUCACUAUUCGGGAUGCAUAUAUGCUCAAGAUUUUCGAAGACAACCAGGCCAGGCUUCCAAGCUGGUGCAAUACGGAAUCCGACAAGCUUCCUUUCUGCCAGAUCCUCGGAGAAUACAGGAUGGAGCUGCCGGAGUACAACACGAUUGAACCGUAUGCCAAAAUGAAUGAGAACUGCCCGUCCUUACCCCCUACAUACAAGCGACCGUCGCGGUGCUGAUGGUGAGACCGUCUACGUAGGCACCGCAAGUAGAAUGUUGUUUUUAAGUUAUUGUGAAAAUAAACGACGCUGUAUAUAUAUGUUCGAUAGAUGAUCGUUGUCACAACUAAGGUAGUCUGUGCUCAGGUUUCCGCCAGUCAGCGCAGCAGUUCUGACUUCUGAGCCCCUGGCUGAAGUAGGCAACCAAUAUCAAGGGUAUGCAUGGCCGCUUGGGUAAUUAGAAAUAGCAAUACCAAGGGUAUUGCUUGACCUCUUGUGUAAGAAAUCUCUUGUAUGGAUAGAACACUGGAACUUUUGGCUAUGUAUGUAUGUUCUUGGCUUUAUAAAGUGUAUACUCCAUCGCGGGAAUAAAUCUACAAUACUUCAAACAGCAA